CAGAGACGCUUCCUGAAGGUGGAGACGACAACCUCCGCGUUCAGCGGUCAACUUGGAUCAGGAGAAUGCAGCAGCCCAGCAGUGACCGGGGCUGAUUCCGGUUCCUCAGCAGCUGGUGUUUCCCCGUCACCAAGUGCAUGGGGAAAGCGGUACACGCAGAUGGCAUGGACACUUGCGCAAGCCCAUUCGCACUCAGUCCCCCAGCACCUUCUGCCCCGAGAGCACUGCAGCAGCGCCGCCGGCCGCCCCUGAGCCACAGCAGACGGCAUGAGGAGGCUUGAUCCGGUGCAUUUCUCCAUGCUCAUCAUCGGGGUCUCCUUCGCCUGCUACGCCCCGAGUUUGGAUUCGCUGCAGGACCAGGCAUACCGAUCGGCCGUGGUGAUCGAAGGCGAGGUGAGCUCGCUUCCCGAGAACGUCUCCGUGGAGCCCUACAGUGUGAAUGUCAAAGUACUGGACGUGUGGCCGGUGAACAGCGGCGGGCUGGAGCGCGAGCAGCUCGUCACCGUCGGGGAAUUCGGCUCCGAGGCUCCGUGCGUGGCGGUGGAGAAACACCACAGAUAUAUCUUUUUCAUGGACCCUACGGAGGAGCCUUUAGUAUUCAAAGCCUCGUUUGCUCCUCUGGACAGCACAGAGAAGACCCUCAAGAAAGAUGUGGAGAGCAUAUUGUGUGAAGACUGCGGUAAGUUUUAUUCACUGUGACUGUGGCUCUUCAUUGUUAACGGAUAACGGCUCGUUCUCGGAGAGCAUCACAACGUUGCGUUUCGCUCUAGAGGAGAACGGGAAGAUGGGUCGCUUGUGUUUGGGCGUCUCUGCAGUAUUGUUCUAAUCACCGUUAUAAACAUUUAGGUGUACACCAGUACACACACACACAC